AUGACAUUAUCAGCUGCACUCACCACCAUCGCUGCUGCCGCCACUGCCGUCGCGGUCGUCCUAGGCACGCGCCAGCUUCGGCGGCGCAUCCGACCCCAGAAGCCCUUCCUGUCCGUGUUCGCUGACACUACCGACCAGCCCUUUCCCCACCUGCCGCCCCAACCGGACGAUGACGACGACGACUUCCAGCAGCGUUGUUGUGACUCUGGCUGUAGCAGCGGCGGCAGCGGUGGUGACAACACCGUGGCAGCCUCUACAGCUGCUGCUCCUGGAGCUACAGCCGCAGCGGCCGCCGCACCGCUACCUGAAGCAGCUCCAGGAAGACGUGGAGCUGCUGCGGGUGGCUCCCUACCUGCGGUGCACCCCUACCUGACCCGCAUUAAGCGACUUAUGGCCUCCACAGAAUGCCCCAUCCUGCGCCACCCGCCGCAGCCCCCACCGCUUCCACCGCAGAUAACGAACCAACCCAAGCCGCCAUCCAUAGCACCGGCAGCAGCGGCACCACCACCACCACCAGCAGUAGCAGCUGCUGCUCAGGGCUGCUCCACCUCGGGGUCGAGGCCCGCUGCGACCCGUGGGUCAGUCCUCCCAGGUUUCCAGCUCCACUGGGUAUCGAGUCCCAAGCAGCUGUACUGGCUGGGUCAGAGGCUGCGGCAGGAGCGGCAGAUCGGUUUGGACACGGAAGCCUCCCCACUGCUAUGCUACCACGGCAGGGUGUGCCUCAUACAACUAUCAGUCUGGGACGACACAGCCUCCCCGUGUGAUGGCGGUGAUGACGGGGGUAGCAGCGGCUGCAGCAGUGGCAGUGGCGGUAGUGGUGGUGGUGGCGGGCAUGUGUGGCUGGUGGACGCUCUGGCACUACGUGGCCAUGUGGGCGCUGCAUUGGGUGGGCUGAUGGCGGACCCACGGGUCGUGAAGGUGCUGCAUGGCGGAGGUAAUGAUGUGGUUUGGCUGCAGCGGGACUUCCGCGUGUACCUGGUCAAUGUGUUUGACACGGAGAAGGCCAGCCAGGCGAGUGGGGGCCGGGGGGAGGGGGCCGGGGGAAGGGGGCAUCCGGAGGUCGUUUUGCACCAACAGUACCCGUGCGACUGGUGUGACCAGUGGCGGAGUCUCCUGCCAUCGCUCCUAUUGCUGCUGCCGGGGAAUCCUUUCGAAGCUCACAUGUGUGGCCCUGCUUGUUUUUGGUUGUUUUUGAAGGUACUGGGCUACGAGAAUCGUGCCCUGGCCUCCCUGCUAUCGCGCAUUGUGGGCCUGGAUGUGGGGGCCGAGAAGGCGGCGGGGCAGCGGGCCGACUGGAGGAGGCGGCCGCUGCCACCGGCACUGUUGCGCUACGCUGCAGCUGACGUGGCGUAUUUGCCGUACCUUGCUGACGUACUUCGCAGGGAGCUGGCGGCGCUAGGACCCACCCGGUGGGCCCAGCUGCAGCAGCAGCAGCAGCAGCAGCAGCAGGACAUGUGCGGCAGGGCACCAACCCAGGGAGGACCAGUAGCUGCAGCGGGAGCAGCAGCAGGCCCCAGACCCAUGUGUACGGCACUGGGACAAGCGGUGCUCCGAAGCCAUCAGCUGAGUCUCACGCUAUACAAGAAGCCGCUGUCGGAUGCGGCGGAGCAGCAGGAGCAGCAACAACAACAGGAGCAGCGGGAGGAGGAGGAAAGGGAGGCGGCGGGAAUGGUGAUGUCGAUUCGGAAGCUGACGGUGCUGAUGGAGGUGGUGAAGAACGGAUCCAGGAUGCCCCUGGAGCGAGUCAGGCAGUUGGAGGGGCUGGUCAAGGCGGCACUAGGUCGGGACCCGGAGGCCGAGGAUCCCGGACUGAGAUCUGGAGACUUGCAGGCGGCAUUGCUGGCGGCUGCAUCUGAGUCAGUGGCAGCAAGGCCGACAGCGCUGACCCCAAUUAUAAGUAUGGACAACCCCCGGGCUGUUGAGUGGCUGGAUAGCGGUCACCUGUGGCAUGGAGAGUGUGUGGUGAAGCUGGCCAUGCAGCGAGGAGGCGAGCAGGAGCUGAUGCAGCUCAUAAAGAGGUUCCGCACAUGUUUCGUGGAGGCUCUACAGCCGCAGUACCUGCCCCCCGCCUGGGGAGUGGACCACUCGGCCCGCCGGGACUUCGGACCCUACUCCGUGUAUGCCCACAGGGAGGGCCCCCAGCGGCAGGAGGAGUGUGGAGGUGGUCAUGGGGAGGGGCAUGGGCAGCAGGGGUGCUAUGGUUGCUCGGCUGCUCCUCUAUCUGUUACCGCAAUCGUGCUCGCUGCCAUCGGAGCGGUUACCUUUCGCUAG